AUGGGUCGUUGCUUUAGCUUUCGACUCUUGUAUCGAGUCGUUUUAUUUUCCUUCUGUCUGAUUUUCGCCUGUUUUUAUCAUGGUGGUGGUUCAGAGUAUGACAGGCGAGAAGAUAAAACAGAACCGAACAAAUUAAAAGAAAGAUUCAACGGUAAACCCUUGAAUGCUGACGUUUCUCUCGACCGAGACAUUGGCGUGCCUAUCUUGACAGAAAAUGCUAAACAAAUUGAUGGCGAGGAUACGAAGAAAGAAACUGAUCUUUCAAAGAUGGCAAGAAAAGGUAAAUUCUGAAAAUGUGGGAAUAUUCGUUAUUCAUUUCAGAAGGAGUAACUGUCAACUACAUUAUUUUUUUUUAAGGAACUCUGAUGAAAACACUCCGAAGUGAGAGAAUACGGAAGAGCACAAAAAUUCCCCCGUCCGAGGUAAAAUUUUCAAGCAAAAAAUCGACUACCACCUCCCAUUCAAGUGAGACAAAAUGGCAAAACAAUGGCAGCAAAAACAUAUCUUCAUUGGAAAAUCAAAUUUUUCACCAGAAUGACUUGAGUGGAACAGCCAAAAGAGAAACAUUGACUUCACUCACAACUCCACAUCUCCGGAGCAGACGUGAAAUUGAUGCGAUCUGUGAAAGUCCGAGCGAAUGCGCCAAUUUUAUCUUAACUAUAAAGUAUGAAGAUAACUAUAGAGUAUGGAACAACUUUUCAAUCAUGUAUCAAGGUCGAAUAUACUACUUUUACAUGUACAGAGUAACCGACGAUGGUCUACGAGUUUGUACUUCUUCUGACACCGUCAUCCAACAAAGGUGGUGGAAUUUUAUUGUUUCAGAAAAGAUAAUGAUGGCUUCCAGAUACUGCAAUGCAUCUGUGGACGGUUUUCACGUCAAAAAUUACACAGUAGAUAAAAACUUUACUGUUUUCUUCAAACCUACAGGGCAGAGUUUCACAAGGCGAGAUUACGGAAUGAUUUUUGGACAUUUUGCAAUUUGUUCGGCAAAGCUUAGUCUGUCCUGCAAUGAUGAUUUGGUCAAAGUAAAGUACGAUGAACAAUACAACGUUUUGGAAAACUUUUCGCUGUUUUACAACAACAAGAUGUACGAUUAUCGUGAAUACCGAAUCGCAAGCGAAGGUCUUGAAAUGUGUGCUUCCGAUGAUUCCAGAAUCCAAGCACUUUGGAUAACUCGGAAUUCGUGGAAAAACUUUAAAGAGCGGCGGUAUAUAUGCCGCGGAUAUGUUCGUAGAUUAAUAUCAAAAGCAAGGCUGUACACUGUGACUAAUCAGUUCACCGUCUAUUGGGCACCUACGAGUCAAUAUUUCACAAGAAAUGACUAUGCGGUGAUAAACGGUGAACCUAACAUAUGCGACGAAAAGUUCAGACCCGAAUCAACAGAGUAUACCCAUGAAAAUCUAUUAAUGUGCAACGAUUCAAUCAUGAAUAUAAAAUACGAUGAUGAGUACAAAGUUUGGACUGACUUUUCAAUCCUCUACAAGAACAAGGUGUACGAUUAUACUGAGUAUCGAGUUCUGAAUGAUAGCAUAAAGAUUUGUAACUCCACUGAUAACGUCGUAAGGAAUAUUUGGAAAGUACGCAAUAAAUGGGUAAAGGUGAGAAUGCAUCAAAAAAGUUGCAAUAAACCCAUAUACUUCUAUAAGAUCCCCCAAGAGCUUUAUACUAUUCGGAAGGAUUUUAGCGUUCUCGUUUUGCCAACAGAUCAGGUGAUAGCAAAAUACGAUUAUGGUGUGUUUGAACGUAAACUUGAAAUAUGUGAAGAAAAAGUCAUAAAGUUUUAUUACAUAACAAGCAUUAGGCUAUCUGGAGUAGCACCAUUAUGUGCUUUAGCGCUUUCUAUAAUUUCUGUGCUAUUGUUGUUGAUAGUUUAUUGCAUGCUUCCUGAACUGCGCACUCUUCCUGGUUUGAAUUUAAUGAGUUUAAGCUUUGCCUUUUUGUUGUGGUUGACUUAUAUUGCAGUAUUUUUGUUGCUGUAUUUCCGUGUGGGUAAAGUGUUUAUGUUUCCGUGCGACAAGUUGACCGUAACAAGUAAGUUUCUUAUACAUAACCUACUUAUGAACGCUGUUGUUAAUGUCUAUCACUUAAGAAAAACCUUUUGUGGUAACACUCUCGUGAAAUCUGAUGAAAACAAAUGGAAAACGUUCUUGAAGUACAGUCUCUUCAGCUGGGGUGUUCCUCUCAUCAUAACUAUUGUCUACAUUGUGCUUGUGAAAAAAGAUGUUUUAAGGUAUUACCAAAAGGAUAUUCUUUGUUUCAGUGGUCAUGGUUUUCCUCUUUGGUUAACUAUUGUGGAAAAAUAUGGUCUUCAAGGUUGUCUUUUGUUGUACAUUAUUGUAAUGUUCCCCUUCACUGCUUAUCGAAUUCGCCAAAAACUCAAAACAAGCAGUAGCAUUGCACAGCGAGCAAAUGUUGUUAAGAAACGCAGUAGCUUUGUCCUAUUGCUUAAGCUGUCAACCACCACUGCCAUAAGCUUCUUUCCUGUUUUGUUUGCACCCUUGAUAUCACUUUUAAAUGAUAAUAUCCAAACAACGUUAUUUACUGUAGUGUUUCUUAGUGGUGUCUACAUAGGUAUUGCGUUUGUCUUCACCAGAAAAAACUACAGGUUGCUUAAGAAGAAGUAUUUCCCUGCAAAAAAUAAACCAGUUAACGUGUAG